UGUUGUCAUAAAGUGUUUCUUACCUAGUUAUCCACGUCCAAUUUCGCACAUUCAUAUGUCAUAUCUUGCAUCCCUUACACGCACAUCGUAAACAUAUAUAUCUGUUCGAGUUACAAAAAAGUUGGAUUAGCUCUGCAACGUUGUAUUUCUUAACUACAAUAACAUACACUAAUAUUAUGGGUGUCCUUGAUAGCAUUUUGGAGCACUGUGAAUCCUGUCGCAUGCACGACGGUAGCAAGCUCAUCAAACGCAAGCAACUUCAGACGGUGGAGAUAAAGGUGAAGAUGGAUUGCGAAGGAUGCGAGAGAAGAGUGAAGAAAUCAGUGGAAGGCAUGAAAGGUGUGACGCAGGUGGAAGUGGAACCAAAGCAAAGCAAGCUCACUGUCACUGGUUUUGUGGACCCACACAAAGUGUUGAAGCGCGUGGGUCAACGCACCGGGAAGAAGGUGGAGUUCUGGCCCUAUGUCCCCUACGAUGUCGUUCCGCGCCCUUACGCACCGGAAGCCUACGACAAGAAGGCACCGCCUGGGUACGUGCGCAACGUGCUGCAGGAUCCGGAAGCUUCGGCACUUGCACGUGCGAGUUCCUUUGAGGUGAAGUACACCACGGCCUUCAGCGACGAGAACCCAAAUGCUUGCAUAGUUAUGUGAUAUAUGUGUCAUGUGAGCAUGUCCUGAAUGUGAAUGGUUCCAUUCUGCACGUAACCGUUCUGUAUCUGUUGAGCUUCUUGACUUGUUAGUGUCAUUGGUUUCCACUUUGCUCAUUAGUUUGUUUGCACUAAAAGAAUGUUUUCGAAUUUCGAUAAUGCAGGAAGGACCGAGAUUUUGUUGUCCUUUAACAACUUGUAUA